AUGGCCUCAACCCUAGACAACUUGUCGGAACAAGUGCUCACAGAUACUUCUUUCCAUGGCUUGAAGGAAGAUAUGCAGCUUGAAGUCAGCUUCAUGGAACCCAUGGGCCUCGAUGCUAUUAUGCGGCUGGUUCAAAAGAUGUAAAUCCGGCCUCCCACCCUAAGGACGAUCUCAGGGAUUGAUUAACCAAGGAACCACUGCCACUUCUUCUUUAAGACGCCUACCUGACGGCCCUAGUACAUGGCGUGAUGUUUCUAGUCACCCCCCAUCUAAGGGAUUGCGUUUUGCCUGCAAGACACAAAGGGGCUGUGUUUUGCCUCCAACGAAAAAUACUCUCUGAGCCACUGUUGUCGACAAGAGCCACAAGUCCUCAUGAUCCACAAAGACGCAUCAGACGAAGAACCAGCUGAGGAGAUGGCAAUGGUUCAAGAAAUUGACGAAACUUUAUCCACCAUAGAAGUCACUUUUCACUCUAUGAUCGAUGAUCAGUCAACUAGCGCCCUUAAGUUCUCUAGCAAAAUAAACAAUUAGUCAGUCCCCAUGUUCGUAGAUACAGGCGCAAUGCAAAAUUUAUCUCCCUAACUGUGGCCGAGACGCUGCAUCUACCUGUUACUGUCACAGAAAAUUCUUGGUUACCACUGGAACGGGCAAACAUGUCUCAAGCAUGGGCAUUUGCCAGAAUACGAAAAUGGAGAUCUAGAACCUACUGA